GGAAUGUGCGCUCGCCAGCCAAAGAACCAAAAAUCGGGGCAUACAUCGCGCUAGUGGGUGUUCCAAAAAUAUACGUAUACAUCUAUAUAUACUCAAUAAGAAAUAUCCAAAAAAAAGCAAACUGUGGGGCAUGAAAGGAAACUUUAAUAAAUAAAGACAAUGCAGUUCUGUUGGCUUCCACUGGCAUUCCUUUGCCUCGACCUGGUGGGGGGUCAGUAUUAUGGAGGCAACUCCUACGGUUCCACCGGUGGUCAAGCCAUUCGCCUGGGUCUUAUCACCGACGACGCCACAGAUAGGAUCCGGCAGACCUUCGAACACGCCAUAUCCGUGGUGAACAAUGAGCUGGGAGUGCCGUUGGUGGGCGAGACGGAGCAGGUGGCCUACGGAAACUCGGUCCAGGCUUUUGGCCAAUUGUGCCGGCUGAUGCAAAACGGAGUGGGUGCUGUUUUCGGGCCAUCUGCCAAGCAUACUGCCUCGCAUCUCCUCAGUGUCUGUGACUCCAAGGACAUUCCUUUCAUCUACCCCCACCUCUCCUGGAGCGGCACCCAAGCAGACGGCUUCAACCUGCAUCCGAAUCCCGAGGAUAUUGCCCAUGUCCUUUACGACAUUAUCAACGAGUUUCAGUGGUCCCGCUACAUAUUCUGCUACGAGUCGGCUGAGUACCUCAACAUCUUGGACCACCUCAUGAAUCUGUAUGGCAUCAAGGGACCUGUUAUAAAAGUGAUACGCUACGAUUUGAAUCUAAACGGAAACUACAAGUCAGUGCUAAGACGGAUCAGAAAAUCGGAGGAUAAUCGAAUCGUAGUAGUUGGCUCCACCGAAGGAGUGGCGGAGCUCCUACGGCAGGCCCAGCAGGUGGGCAUUAUGAACGAGGACUACACCUAUGUCGUUGGCAACCUGGACCUGCACACCUUUGAACUGGAGGAGUACAGGUACAGCGAGGUGAACAUUACUGGCAUUAGGAUGUUCUCACCCGACCAGGAGGAAGUUCGCGAUCUGGUGGAGAAACUGCACCAGGAGCUGGGCGAGAGUGAGCCAGAUGGUCAGGGUUCUUCAUCUAUUACCAUGGCCAUGGCGCUAACUUACGAUGCAGUGAGGGUCAUAGCUGAGACCACCAAAAACCUUCCCUAUGAGCCCCAGAUGCUCAACUGCUCCGAGCGUCACGACAACGUCCAACCAGAUGGAUCUACUUUCAGGAACUACAUGAGAUCGUUGGAGAUCAAGGAGAACACCAUAACUGGUCGCAUUUUCUUCGAAGGAAACGUGCGCAAGGGCUUCACCUUCGAUGUGAUCGAGUUGCAGACGACGGGCUUGGUCAAGGUUGGCACCUGGGAGGAGGGCAAGAAGUUCGAGUUCCAGCGACCACCCCAAGCUGUUACCUUUCAUGACGUCGAUGACGGAUCUUUGGUCAAUAAAACCUAUAGGGUUUUAAUCUCAGUGGCGACCAAGCCGUAUGCCAGCAUUGUGGAGAGUAUCGACACACUUAUUGGCAAUGACCAGUAUCAGGGCUACGGAGUGGACUUAAUAAAAGAAUUGGCCGAAAAACUCGGCUUCAACUUCACCUUCAUCGAUGGUGGCAAUGACUAUGGUUCCUUUAACAAGUCCACCAAUACGACGACAGGAAUGCUAAAGGAAAUCGUUGAAGGGAGGGCCGACUUGGCCAUCACGGAUCUAACCAUAACGGCAGAGCGGGAAGAGGUCAUUGAUUUUUCCAUACCCUUUAUGAACUUAGGCAUUGCUAUUUUGUAUGUGAAACCGCAGAAAGCGCCUCCCGCUCUCUUCGCAUUUAUGGAACCAUUCUCCUCUGAGGUUUGGCUUUACUUGGGCAUUGCCUAUGUGGGAGUCUCCCUUUGCUUCUUUAUCCUGGGUCGGCUCUCGCCCACCGAAUGGGAUAAUCCCUAUCCCUGUAUAGAUGAGCCCGAGGAGCUGGAAAAUCAGUUUACGUUAAACAACUCUAUAUGGUUUACUACUGGAGCUCUUCUGCAGCAGGGAUCUGAGAUAGCUCCAAAAGCUCUUAGCACGCGUACCAUUUCGGCAAUUUGGUGGUUCUUCACCCUGAUUAUGGUAUCAUCCUACACGGCCAACUUGGCUGCCUUCUUGACAAUUGAAAAUCCCACCAGUCCCAUCAACAGUGUCAAGGAUUUGGCCGACAACGUGGACGACGUUCAGUAUGGAGCCAAACGCACAGGAUCUACAAGAAAUUUCUUUUUGACCUCUGAGGAACCAAUCUACAUAAAAAUGAACGAAUACAUGUCGAACAAUCCUGACAUGCUGGUGGAAAAUAACCAAGAGGGUGUGGAAAAGGUCAAGUCAGGCACAAAGUACGCCUUCCUCAUGGAGUCCACCUCCAUCGAAUACAACAUGGUGAGGGAGUGCAACCUGACCAAAGUGGGUGAUGCUCUGGAUGAGAAAGGCUACGGCAUAGCCAUGGUGAAAAAUUGGCCAUAUCGGGACAAAUUCAACAACGCCCUGCUGGAGCUACAGGAGCAGGGUGUCCUGGCCAGAUUAAAGAACAAAUGGUGGAAUGAAAUCGGAGCUGGAGUCUGCAGUGCUAAAAGCGAAGAUGACGGUCCUUCGGAACUGGCUAUUGACAAUCUUAGUGGUAUCUAUGCCGUCCUGAUUGUUGGUACCAUCAUUUCUAUCAUCGUCUCAGUUCUGUGUUGGUGCUUCUUUGUCUUCAAAAAAGCCAGAUUCUAUGCGGUUCCCUUUUGCGGUGCCCUGGCUGAGGAAUUCAAAAUUGUCAUCCGUUUCUCGGAAAACGAACGAGUCCUGAAGAGUGCCCAGUCCAUUUACUCCCGCAGCCGGAAUUCAUCCCAGUCCAUCGAAUCCCUUCAAACAGAUUCCGAGGAGAAUACACGGACAGAGGACUGAUAUUGAGUUUUAUUUCUGGAUACUCAAUUUUCUAUUUCAAGUUUUCUCACAAAGCUCCAAAAACUUUUACUCAAAACAUAUUCAAAAUUGACAUUUUGGAAACAUCCGUCAGU